CACAGCGGCUGUCAAUGUCAAUCACAGAAAUUGUCUUUGCGUUGCGGUGUUCGUUCAGUCAAUUCCGUUUUCAUUAAUUUCAUUUGAUAUUUCGUGAUAAAAAGCUAAAUCUGAUGCUGUAAUAUUAAGUUCAAUAAUGGCCAACCAUUAUGAAGUGCCGAACUGGGCUGGAAAACCUCCGACAGGAUUGCAUUUAGAUGUUUUGAAAGGUGAUAAAUUAAUACAAAAACUAAUGCUAGACGAGAAGAAAUGUUACCUGUUUGGGCGCAAUCCACAAAUGAAUGAUUUCUGCAUUGAUCACGCCAGUUGCUCGAGGGUUCAUGCUGCGUUUGUUUAUCACAAAGAUUUGAACAGAGCUUUUUUAGUUGAUUUGGGUAGUACACAUGGAACUUACAUUGGCAAAAUGCGCCUUGAAGCACACAAACCAACACAGUUGCCAAUUGAUUCCAAUUUCCAUUUUGGGGCUUCCACAAGAAAUUAUAUCAUAAGGGAACGGCCAACUGGUAACGCCCGAGGUAUAAUUGAGGAUUUACCCAACACAGAACAGGAAGGAGCAUUGCUAGGGCUUCCAGAAACACAGACAGAGUUGGAUAAUUUAACAGAGUUUAACACAGCUCACAACAGAAGAAUAUCAAUGUUGGGUAUAUCAACAGAUGAUGGAACUGAUGUCAUGAAGCCCCCAACUGGAACUAAGCGCUCCGCCUCAAUGCCUGGAGGUAUCCCAAAGAAGCAGAAGCGUAACGUCUCCUUCAAUGAGGAAGUGGACAUCAUUAACCCCGAGGACAUUGACCCGACCAUCGGUCGUUUCAGGAACCUGGUCAAGUCAACGAUAGUGCCCAAUGCAAAUACACCACCGAGAAAACUGAAGUUACAGAGUGCUGAUGAUAAUCAACACCAUCACUCGCUGAGGUUACAGGAGAUAUCCCGAGGAGGAAACCUAUAUUCGGAUCUGCCUGCCCCCAGCUCACAUCUCAGUCUCAUUGGGGCAAGGUUGGGCUUGUCACUACCAAAUCCUGCGCCUGAUGUUGAAUUAGAAGGACCGGAGCCUCAUCUCAACAUUCACCCUCCUCUACCAAAUUCAGGUAAAGCUAGAGAAACGAAGCUACUGCAGUUAACACAUAAUAUUGACAAUUUUGCCCCCAGAAGAAGCGGGCCCCUCAAGCGAGCCGAAGAGGAAGAAAUACGCCAAAGAAGCGUGGCCGGGCCGGAAACCGGGUCUAGUACCAGGCGUUUGAACGUAGCUCUAGAUCGCGUUAUGGACCGCCCCGAAGUUAGCAGCGAAGCCGGUGCAGUAGUUCCGCAUUUGAAUUUCGAAGUGUCUUCUGACUUUUUCGAGUUCAGUCCCUUGAAAUCAGUUGACUAUUUCAGGAGUGUUUUGGUCGCCAAUCAAUGACGUAUUAUAUAGAUAGGUUUUACGCCAAAAUUAUUGCAUUUAAAAAUGACACAAGCAGUCCCUUCCUUCACUUCCUUUGGC